GCAGGCGGACUUCGCGUGGGUCCUGCUGGGCGCCUGCGCGGUGGGCUUGCCUGCGCGCGGCGGCGCCAUGGACGACGAGGAAGAGACUUACCGGCUCUGGAAGAUCCGGAAGACCAUCAUGCAGCUGUGCCAUGACCGUGGCUACCUGGUGACCCAGGAUGAGCUGGACCAGACAUUGGAGGAGUUCAAAGCCCAGUUUGGGGAUAAGCCAAGUGAAGGGCGGCCGCGCCGCACAGACCUCACCGUGCUGGUGGCACACAAUGAUGACCCCACUGAUCAGAUGUUCGUCUUUUUCCCAGAGGAGCCCAAGGUGGGGAUCAAGACCAUUAAGGUUUACUGCCAGCGCAUGCAAGAGGAGAACAUCACCCGGGCCCUCAUCGUGGUGCAGCAGGGCAUGACACCCUCUGCCAAGCAGUCUCUGGUGGACAUGGCCCCCAAGUACAUCCUGGAGCAGUUCCUGCAGCAGGAAUUGCUCAUCAACAUCACGGAGCACGAGCUGGUCCCAGAGCAUGUGGUCAUGACCAAGGAGGAGGUGACUGAGCUGCUGGCCCGGUACAAACUCCGAGAGAACCAACUGCCCAGGAUCCAGGCAGGGGACCCUGUGGCCCGCUACUUUGGGAUAAAGCGAGGGCAGGUGGUGAAGAUCAUCCGGCCCAGUGAGACUGCGGGCAGGUACAUCACUUACCGGCUGGUGCAGUAGCCACGCAGCAGGUGCCUGACUCAUUGAGGCCCUGCUCCUCCAUGCCCAGACCCCAGAGAUGGCACGGGUGUAUGUGACCACCUUCAGGGACACCCACCUACCUGCAGGGACCUGCCCUCCUGCGUUCUGGAGGGUAGCAGUCUCUGGUUUGCUUUAUCUUACCUGGGGCAAGGACUCCUCUCCCAUGGCCUGGCCGGCUCUGGCUGCGCCCCUGUGUGCUCUGGGCCCCAUCCCCACCUGACACCUCCUGACUUCACCGAGGGCAAGGCUACGGCCAGCUCCUUGGCAGGUUUCCUCUGUCAGAAUGCUGUAUGGCCUAAAAAUAAAGGAUAUUUUAAGUAAAUUU